AAAUCUGACUUUGUCUAAAAAGAAAAAAAAAAUGUGACUAUUCACCGCUGGAUUUUCCCACAGAACAUGAGAGCCAUGAACGCAUGGCAGUCGCCAGGAAGACGAUGGGCAAGAUAAAUCCGAUCACUUCCCAUUUCAGCAAAGAUUCGGGGACGCCCGGCUUAUAAGGAACACUUGCAGGGAGCGUAGGGGAAUACCCGAAUUCCGCAUUUUUUUUUUGUUUUUUUGGUUGCACGUCUCGGCAGGAAGGAGGAGGAGGAGGAUAACGACGGCCAAAGACGACCAGUGCGGCCACGAGAAGUUGGGAGACCGAAGAAGAAAGGGGAGAGAUCAUACAGUUUGCUGCGGGACGAAAUGGCCCCCGUCAGCAACAUAGGGAAGUACCAGCUCCGGCAGACGAUCGGAGAAGGCACCUUCGCCAAGGUCAAACUGGCCGUCGACAACGCGGGCGGCCAUAACGUGGCCGUCAAGGUCAUCGAUAAGCAGAUGGUGAUGGAGAGCAAUCUCAAGUACCAGGUACAGAGAGAGAUUAGAACGAUGAAGCUUCUACAUCACCCGAACAUUGUAAGGAUACAAGAGGUUAUCGGAACCAAGACAAAAAUAUACAUAGUAAUGGAAUAUGUAUCUGGAGGACAAUUAUCAGACAAACUGUCUUAUGUGAGGAAAUUCAGUGAAGGCGAGGCAAGAAAGCUGUUCCAACAGUUGAUCGAUGCCGUGGACUAUUGCCAUCACAGAGGGGUAUAUCACAGGGAUCUAAAGCCGGAAAACUUGCUGUUGGAUAGCAAGGGGAAUCUGAAGGUGUCGGAUUUCGGACUUAGUGCUUUGCGAAAGCCCGGAGACAUGCUAUCGACAGCAUGUGGCUCUCCAUGCUACGUUGCACCCGAGCUAUUUGCGGAUAAAGGGUAUGACGGAUCAGCUGCAGACAUUUGGUCUUGUGGGGUGAUCCUCUUCGAAUUACUGGCAGGGUAUUUGCCGUUUGAUGACCGUAGCCUCAUGAAUUUGUACAGGAAGAUCGCAAGAGCAGAAUACACAUGUCCACCAUGGUUCACAGCCAGUCAAAAGAAGUUCCUCUAUAGAAUACUCGAUCCAAAUCCUAUAAGGCGAAUAACGAUCGCGGAGAUUGUAGAGGAUGCUUGGUUCCAGGAAAACUACAUACCUGCUUGCGGAUGCGAAUGUGAUGCAAAGAACCUGGAUGAUGUUAAUGCUGCUUUUGACGCAUUAGAGGAUAGCGAUGCAGAGAAGACAAUGCCAAAGUCCUCCAAUUUUAUAAAUGCUUUUCAAUUGAUUGCGAUGUCACGCGACCUGGAUUUAUCAGGACUUUUUGAAGAACAGGAAGAGAAGAAACAAAAGACGAGGCUUGGAUCCAAAAAUACAAUUAGCGAUACCUUCAGAAAAAUAGAAGCUGCUGCAACAGAUAUGAGUCUUUCAAUUGAAAGGUUAAAUAAUAAGAUGAAGAUGCAUCCAAGGCAAAAGAUGACUAGAUGUGCUAGAUCCUAUUUUGAUUUUUCAGCGGAGGUAAUUGAAGUUGCUCCCGAGCACUGCGUAGUAGAGAUCUCAAAAUCAGCAGGAGAGCUAGGAAUGUAUAAAGAGUUCUGCCAAAGUUUAUCAAGCCUACUGACAGAGAAAUCAAGCAAUUCAUUAGAAAGUCAAAAGUCUCAAGAGAGCUUAAUCUGCAAAGACAUAGUCGGUGCAGGAUGCUCUGAAGAGGAAAUUGAUGAUAAUGAGGUCCUCAAAAGUUACUCAUCCUCCUUAUGAUCAAGCUGGCCACCUUUCAGGACUCAGGAUCAUGCCAUAACUCAAAUAAAGAACUGUAUUCCAUGCCUGAACAGAAGUUGCUCAUACAACCAUUCUAUUGAAGUUUUUUUUCCCUGGGCCGAACUGUACUUGCUGUUCUCUAUAGAGCCAUCUUGGAUGCACAAUCCUCUCUUUGACAUACAAGCACCCGGAUGGCCCUUGGGGCACAAGCGAGAAGUCUAGCAUGCCAAGCGCGCUCAUCUCCAGUCCGCCGAUGGAAGAAUGUAAAGCCUAUUUGGACUGUAUAUUGAGAAAUAUAAGGAAAGCUUCUACACCAA